AUGACGGAACGGGAUGGCAGUGCUUCUGGGUUGCCGAAAGGAGUGCUGCAGCUCGAGCACCAAGUUGCUGGCCAUACAGCCGCCCAGGGAUGCCUUGGACUGUUGAAACCGGCGAGCGCUGACGGAACGAUCCUUAAACCUACUGGGAAAGUAGAAUGCGGUGUUCGUGAGAUUGCCUUUUAUGAGCGGUUGGAUGUAGAGCGAAAUUGCCUAUGCGAUAAGUCAAUCUGCGCACUUUGGGCGACAUUGUGCCAAGUCGUCCCACGCUAUUACGGCCACCCGAAACUUCCCAUCGACGGCCGUGAGGUGGAAUUCAUCCAGCUGGAGGAUCUCACGGAUGGGCUUGUAUGGCCGUGUGUCAUGGAUGUGAAGAUUGGGCGACGAACAUGGGACCCGUUGGCCACACUAGAGAAGCGCAAGGCGGAGGAAAGCAAGUACCAGGCGUGCCGUCAACGUUUCGGGUUGUGCCUUCCCGGGUUUCAGGUGUACCAUGUGCAAGCUGGCGGGAAACUCGUCCGCCAUGGAAAAGACUACGGCAAAAAGCUCACCGAGGCCAACAUACACGAAGCAUUCCUUUUGUUUCUAAACGCGACUGAGAAUGGACGAGUAUCCCGAGGACUGUUGGAACAAUUCUUGGAUGAUCUUCGCCGCAUCCGGGACUGGGCGCAAAAGCAAACCACCUUCCGGUUGUAUUCGAGCUCGGUACUGCUCGUGUAUGAUGCGGCUCGGCUGGACACUUCGGCCACGGAAGGGUUGCAGAGAAAAAGUCUGAACAACGCGAAUGCGAAAGCCCGCAUGAUCGACUUUGCGCAUGCAUUCACGACGACGGAGCUCGCUGAGGCAGCCACUGUGGACGACAAUUAUCUCGAAGGUGUGGAGAGUUUAGUGGCCAUUUUCGAGCAGUUCCUAACCGCCGAAAAGGCAUUCUAGAAAACAGGAAGCAACCUAGCAAAAGAAAAAAAGACUGUUUAGAAGCAGCUUCUACACCUACGGAGAUAGCGCAGCUUUUAGGCUGCAUCCAUUUACUCUCUCUGUGUAUGUCUCCAAAGAAGCAUCCUCAAUGUUAGGCGCAUUUU